CAGUUGCUUUCCGGUCGGUGUUUUAUAAAUACUGCAGACAGCCAAAGAGUGCACCGAACACUGGGAGACCCGUCGUAAAAUUACGAUUCUAUAGUGAAUCUUACAAGUUCAGUCUGAUCACGAAGAAAAUUUAUUUUUCUUUUAUCGAUUGACUAAACAACGUGAAAUCGUUUAACGAUUUUCUAUAUUUUCAUUUCCAUUUUUCUAAUAUAUUAGAUUCUAUAAAAAAAAAAAUGUCCUAAUUGUUACGUGUAUGAGAGAGUGUGAAAGUUAAUUACUAUGUGGUAAUUAAUUAAUUAGAACGUUAAUAGUUUUUCAUUGAUUCGAUGAACGCGAAUAUAACAAUAAAGUUCGUUUUCGAAUAAAUCUUUGACGACGAAGAUUUCGAUAAGUGCAAAAUACGAUUUCGUUGAAUUAAAUAAAAAAUUGAAGAAGACAGUAAACGAUAAAAUGUGACGUUCAAAGGUGCAUUUGGUAUUUUUAAUCGAAGUGCGCAUUCGUUCCUCGAUUUUUAAUUUAAAAGCAUUAUUCAAAAUUAUUGAACAUAAUGAAUUUGAUGAAGAAAGCUAUCGGUGGAUCGAUUCACAGAGUACGAGAGUUCGAGUUAGAAAAGGUUAACUUAAUUGACGAGUUCGAUAUACUUCAAAUCGUCGGUGAGGGAUGGUUCGGAAAAAUUCUUUUGACCGAGCAUCGCAGCACGCAAACUGAAAUGGUCUUGAAAGCUCUACCAAAGGCAUAUACUGGUUUAUCGGACUUUUUUCGCGAAUUCCAUUAUGGCUUACAUCUAGCAGCUCAUCGUAAUAUUAUAACUACGUACGACGUUGCUUUCGAGACCGCUGGCUUUUACGUUUUCAGCCAGGAAUACGCACCGCUAGGUGAUUUAACGUCAAACGUAACAGAAACUGGUUUAGGUGAAUUACAUGCAAAGCGAGUGGCAAGACAGCUGGCAGCCGCUGUUCAUCAUAUUCACAGUCGCGAGCUUGUUCAUAGAGAUAUCAAGUUGGACAAUAUACUCGUUUUUCGAAGCGACUUUUCGCGUAUAAAGCUUUGUGAUUUCGGGGAAACCAGACGCGUUAAUACUAUCGUACGAAGACACAACGAAUGGCUUCCUUAUUCACCGCCCGAGGUACUACAGAUCAACACCGAUGAAACCUACAAAGCUCUGACAUCUCAUGACGUUUGGCAAUUCGGCAUUGUCCUAUUUGUUUGCCUGACCGGAUGCCUACCAUGGCAGAAAGCAGCAUUGGACGACCCACGGUACACAAGAUAUCUAAACUGGCACAAUGCGACGCUUAACAUCGCCAAGAAACCGAAAUUAUUUCAGCUGAUCAGCUCACGGGCACAGAGAAUAUUUAAGAGGCUGUUAGAUCCUAAGGCGGAAAAAAGACUUGUUAGCGUACUGGAAGUUAAUAAAUAUUUGGAAGACAGAUGGUUAGCUAAAUUGGGCGCGGAAAAGGCAUUGAAUGGUGGAGCAGAUGAAAGGGAUGAACUUUGUCCAUCCAUGUACAGUUUUCACAGUUCUUUGGAAGAAAAAAAUCAACUCCUUUAUACGCUGACUACUUACGGAAUUGAAACGACUGUUGAUCGAGCGAAAAAGAAGGACCGUAUCAGAGAAUGGAUAGAAGCUAGCGCUAUCGUAGAAGAAAACGAAGAAGAUGAGUCAGAUAUUAACGAAUGUAUUGAUUUACAGGAAUUAGAAGAUAAGGAACCAGUGUCUAUGAGAGGUAGACAUUUUCCAGAAAUGCAUCCACCAAGGAAGGAAACGUCUGAGACUAAAAGAAGAAAGAGACGAUCAGAAAUGGUAAAAAAGAGGCGUCCUUCGGUGAAACCAGUUGAAAGAAAGAUACCGUUUGCUCCACAAGUAGCUGAAGAACGAGAAACCAUUGCACGAUUUGCUAGUUUCCCUAAUGGCGAUCCUAGUCUAGGAAUUAUCAAAAAAGAAAAACAAAAUACUGAGACCAUAGACUUUAAUACUGCACAGGCUAUUAAUGAAAAUAAGAUAGGAUUAAAAAGUGAUUCAACUAUCGAUAAUACAAUGUCCACGUUGACUAACGUCAAUGAUCGUAUCAUUGAUGAUUCUUUGAAAGAUAAUGGUAAUACUUCGAGGGACAGUUCUGUCCCAACAACCAGUGGUAAUUACGGUAGCAAUGGUUCGUCAAUUGAUGUUAUGGUAGAACGAACCUAUUCAAUACCUAGAAACAGUGCUGUCAAUGGAAAGUCUCAUGUUGAAAGUCCACAAAUUCCAACAAGGAAGCAUCGUGCACAAACAACGCCUUUCUCGGAUACGUUAACGCAUUCGAAUGAAAUGAACGAAACGACAAAAAGAAGUCAAUCUGUCAGUACAUUGAUUACAACGCAAUCAGAAAGGUUACCCUUAUCUGAUAACAAAAUAGAGAAAACUACAAUUCAAAAGGUCCCAUCUACAACUGAAAAAGUUGUUAAUGAUAUUGUGAAGAAAGUAACAGAGAUGCCUAACUCUUUGACAUCUUUGGAUCUUCAGAAAGAGGUUUUAUCGACCGAAAAAAAAGAGAAAUUAAAUAUACAAGCAACGAAUCCAUUGACUAAACCUAUUGCAUCUCAUUUAGUGAUGCAAAGCUUAAAUGCUUUGCAAAGUGUCAGCAAUACUUCGUUACCUCCAGAAGUUUUGCCUUCACAUUCAAUGGAAAAAAUUUCAUCCACAAAAUCAAAGCAACCAGCUUCGAAUAUCAAUACCUUUGUAUCUGGCAAAGAUGUUUUUGAGCAUUAUGGAAUUGCACAAGGUGUUAUCAUAAAAGCUGAAGGUCCUAUCCAUCGUGGUUCCAUUAACGCUAGCGGUAGAAGAUCGAAGCAUUAUAAAUAAAACGUAGCUGAAAGUUUUCAAUGCACGGCUCCCUCAAUAUCAUCUGAUUUCGUUUUAUACGAUUAUUUUGGGGCAAUGAAAGUCCGACUUCAAAAUGCAGAAAGAUUCUGCUUACAUAAUAAUAUCUGUCAGUUGGCCAAGAUAAUGAAAUUGGCAUGCUUUACCAAAAAGAAAGAAAAAAAAAAAAAAAAAAAAA